CUGUGUCCUUUUCUCUCAGCGCUGGAGCGGUCCUACAAUAGCUCGCUAACGAGCCGCGCGUAAUCCGUUUCUUUCUGUACAUUUUUGGGAGAUUUUAUUUCAUCUCAUUAGUCACGAUGCUGGGCACGGUCAGCAGACAACUCAGAAGCCACCCCGCCUUGAUCCCCCUGUUUAUUUUCAUUGGCGGUGGAUGCACCAUGUCUCUGACAUAUCUGGCUCGUCUGGCCUUGCGCAAUCCAGACGUCUGUUGGGACAGAAAGAACAAUCCAGAGCCCUGGAAUAAAUUGGGUCCCAAUGAUCAGUACAAGUUCUACGCAGUGAACACGGACUACAGCAAGCUGAAGAAGGAAGGCCCUGACUUCUAAACAAAUCCAGGGAAUCCAGACUCGCUGUGCUGGACCAAAGGUUUAAAAACAAACUAAAGAUCAACAAAAUGUCCGCACAUCUGUCUUCAACAGCCGCUGUUCCUAAUUUAUGCAAAGAGACUAAAUUGCACUUGUCUUUGCUUUCAUGGAUCACUUCUUAACAUCUAUAAUUUCUUGUUUUUUCUCUCCAUUCUCAGAAACGAUUAAAGCGUUAUUCUCUCAUACAGUGAAAAA